CGGGGAGUCGGGACGCGGGGGCAGCGGGCAUGGGCGCCAUCCAGUGCAUCUACGCGCUGGUGUGCCUGGUGGGCCGGGUGGGCAACGCCCUGGUCAUCUUCGUGAUCCUCCGCUACGCCAAGAUGAAGACGGCCACUAACAUCUACCUGCUCAACCUGGCCAUCGCGGAUGAGCUCUUCAGGCUGGGCGUGCCCUUCUUGGCCUCGUCGGCCGCCCUGCGCCACUGGCCCUUCGGGUCCGUGCUGUGCCGCGCGAUGCUCAGUGUGGACGGCCUCAACAUGUUCACCAGCAUCUUCUGUCUGACCGUGCUCAGCGUGGACCGCUACGUCCCGGUGGUGCACCCUCUGCGCACCGCCACCUACCGGAGGCCCAGCGUGGCCAAGCUGAUCAACUUGGGCGUGUGGCUGGCGUCCUUGCUGGUCACCCUGCCCAUUGCCAUCUUCGCAGACACGAGGCCGGCUCGGGGCGGCCAGGCCGUGGCCUGCAACCUGCAUUGGCCGCACCCGGCCUGGUCGGCGGUCUUUGUGGUCUAUACUUUCCUGCUGGGCUUCCUGCUGCCCGCUCUGGCCAUCGUCCUGUGCUACCUGCUUAUCGUGGGCAAGAUGCGGGCGGUGGCACUCCAGGUCGGCUGACAGCAGCGGAGGCGCUUGGAAAAGAAGAUCACGU